AUGACGCGCCAACCUUCCGAUCAAUCUCUCGACGCCCCUGGUCAACCCGCCAACCUUUUGCCUAUUCCUACUACCCAAUCCAUUCCUCAAUCUGCCCCUCCUUCCCAAAAGUCUGCUGUUCAACAAACAUCAUCCUCGGACCAUGUUUAUCAAUCUAUAAAUGCUGCGUCCUGCAGCCGUAGACAAGGCGGAGAAGAUGUUUUCGUACCACCUCCACGAUUGACGUACUUGGAUUUGUUGAUCAUUGAAAAUUCGGGAUUUCCAAGUAUGGCUGAGUUUGAGAUCUUCCUCCAGCUGUACCAGAAAUCAUAUUAUCACAUGGAACUAGCGGAACGCAAAAAGCUCCUCCAGCAAGUGGAGCUACUUCGACAAAGUAUGCGCCAUCCUCAAUCGAUUCAAGCGCUGGUAGAAGCACAGCAGAGUAUUCAGGCCGGUCAACCGUUUCUCAGCCUCAAACAUUAUUCAAACUUCAGCCGAAAUGGAUAUAUGCUUACCUCCAUGAUCAGUCGCUGCCUUAAUCUUACCUCUUUCGCUCUGCAGCGAGCCGUUUUUAAGGCCGCAGUAGAAGCAAGUAGGAACACCGACACGCCAAACAUAGCAACCAUUUCAGGCAAAAGCUGUGAAGACAUUUUGACCCGUGGUGUACAACACUGGACCGCUGAGGAUAUCUUGAAGCUUGAGACGAUCGUCUACAUCCGCCCCGCUGAGCACCACGUCAACAACCCUCCAUCUAAGGUCACUUCGCGUACUGAUUUUUCAUAUUUCUCGCACGAACCACCUCUUCAUUGCCCGGAUCCUCCUGAGUAUCGAAGUAUGAAAAUCGAGCCAAACAAUUCCGCUUUGUCCUUGCAACAACCAUGGACAUACAGCCAGUGUUUGGACUACCUCGCUGAUCGGACAAUAAACUUCAUGAAUUCUCGUGAUCCAGAAGCUUUCUUCUUCAGCUUGCCUUCGGACGACAAGCUUCAAGGCAUGACGGUGGAUCAACGCGCAGAGGUUGUUCGUAAACACAUUAUAGAGCAAGAUGCAAAGCGUGCUCUAUCAAAGUCAGGCAAUGAUUGGUACCCCAUUCAUUCGAAAAUUUUCGAGCGUUCCACUUAUCGUACACACGGUAGUUUGCUUCCGGAGCUUGAUACUACUGUAUCAAUCUCAAGAGAUAGCCCUUGCAUCCAGGAAAAUCUUGCUAAUCAUCGAAACUACGGAACCCAUGAUAUAUGCAGUAGUGGAGGUAGACAUGAAUUUGAUUCACCACCUUCAAACUCUGGUGCAGAUUACGAAAGUAGAGUGGGACAUGUACGUCAGCCGCCAUCGAGCAUUGCGGCAGAUGAUGGAUGUUGCGAUUCAGACCUGGGAGAUGACGAUGAUUCUGAUUGGGUUCCCACUCAAUCCGACAAUUGGAGUUCGCCAUCGAGAUCAACAAAGCGUGUAUCCUUCGCUGCAUCGGUGACAGACAUACCAGGGAAUCUUCAUGGACAGGAACAUAGUAUCGUUCCAUCUGAUUCCCUCUCCUUUGCAGAGUCAGAGUCAGAGAAUGAUCAAGCGACCACUGAAGACAAUGGAUCAUUGAGCGAAAACAUUCGUGAUCGUCAAGAUUGUCUUUUGACAGCUUCUGUAGCUCAUGCUACUUCUGCGAUCGAAGUUACACUGGCUUCCGGUGAUGAAAACGAUGUUAUUGUCCCAGUUAGCCCACCUCGUGCCCCUUCCUUGAAGAGAGAAAAUAGAAAGCGCUCAUUGACUCGAGGUCGUCUAGUAGCUCAACCACGUGCUCAACGACGCGGUGGGGAUUUUGAUACCUUGCUUGAUACUUUGGAGACAUACCAUUCGCAAUUGUCCUCGCUCCCAAAGUUAAACAAUGUGAAGCUCAAUUCUUGGGAUGAGAAACAUCAAACGGCUACCAAAAAGUCUCAAGGUAUCAAAGCUCAAGAGAUUUUGUUUCCUACAUGGGAAGGGGUUCAGGUGCAACGCGGCGUUUCAAAUAUUGGAUAUGGCCCUCAAGAAGAUUCGAUGCUAGCCAUGCAAGAAAUGUUACUCGAGCAGCAAAGAAAGAAGAGAAUCCAAUUAUUGCAGGAACAGGCUGCUAUGCAAGCUAGACUUGUCUCAAAAACUGGUCCAGAAAAUGAUCAUGACCUUGAAGCUUCAGCACAUGAGCCGGCAUUGUUAACAACUGAACAGGAAAGCAAGAACCAAGUUGAAUUGAAACGCCAAGAACAGGUUACCAUGCCAGCUGCUUAUCCCUCCUCGGAGAAAGAUGGUCAAACAAAGCCUAGGGAAUCUUCUCUUGUUUCUUUCGGAAAUGAAAAAUCUAUCCUCAACGGUCCCCCAAAAUUUCACGGUCUCACAUCGAAGGAAGCUCAGCAAUUCGAACUUUGUCAGCUUGGAAAGCUUAAGAACCGUUCCGUGCUCAAGGCUCCCCGUGUCGGAAAGACUAUUGCUUCUACCAGAGCUUCCAAAGACAGUGAACAAGACAUGGCCACCAAGUUGGAUGAUCUUAAGAAAUUUGCGGAUGAGUUCAAGAUGUCCACCCCAGUGCCAAGUGACAUUGCAUUUAUCAAUCACGGUGAGGUUCCCGUGGCUGUCUGGCAGAAUCGCUCUCGGGAUAGUGCUAACACUUGCGAUGAAGGUCCUCUUCGUAUUGCUAUCAAAGAAGACAAUCUUCGUCGUUCUAAGGGUGCUCCAAUUGAUGAGUCUAAUGUGAAAACCAUCUCGGUUGAAGAAGCUACUCGUCUUCUUGCUGCUCAGAAGUUAGCUAAAGAGAUCUCGACUGCUACAAAGUCUGCAACUGGUACCUCUCCUCCCAUUCCUGCAAGUCAUCAAUUGAAUGGUUUUGAUCUCGGCCUUACAGCUACAGCAUAUGAUCAAGACCGUUUCAUAAAAGCUACCAAUAGCAGCGUCAAGAGUCACAAGGCUAACCAUGGUAUUUACAGCUUCCAACAAGACGGUUCAAUGAAUGCCAAGUGCAGAAGUUGUUCCGAGAGAUCGAGAUUGAGAUCGAGAUUCAAUGAUUUAAGUGGCGAGCUGUUCUGA